ACUGUUGUUUCUGGAUCAGUUGAACCGGAUACAAUUAUGCUUGAAAGAUCUAAUAAUGAUGAAUUGAAAAUGAAAUCUGUAACAGUUGGCUCUAAGCACCAAAGAAUUGUUUUAAAAGAGUCUGGUGGGACAGAAGUUGAAGAUUUACCAGAGGACUCUAAAACAGUGUCUUGCGUAAACGAAGAAACCGCCAUCAAUCUUGGAAAACUAGCUGUACGAGUGGAGAAGUUUUAUCGUUCUUCUAGAGAUAUAGAAUGGGGCUUAUUGAACAAUAAAAUAUACCUUCUUCAGAGUCGACCUGUAACAAGUGGAGCAUCACUCACUGAUUAUGAGUUGAAACAUGAAUUUGAUUGUAUUUUGAGGAGUGAAAGAGAUUUCUUUACUGUAGCAAAUGUUGGAGAAGUAAUGCCUGGAGCUACAUCGCCUUUAGGCGUGGAGUUACUUUGCAAAUAUUUUAAUACAGCUCUUGCGAAAGAUGCUUAUGAAAAAGGGUUUGAGGAUGCUUUCGUUAAAAGUAUUUACUACCCAUCAGGUAUCAAGACAUUUUAUCAUCAAGUGAUCAUGUCCGUCCCAGAGAUACUUUUUCGACGUGGUCACGACAAUAUAUUUUCCAAAGGAAUCGCUAUUAGUAUAUUCGGGCGAAUUUUGGAUGAUCCUGAAAUAUAUGAAAUUGGCAAAGAAAGAAUACCUGAUGCACCUAAAGCAACUAUUUGGAGUGAUUUAAAAUUUAUAAAGGAAUUAUUUUUUUAUAACUCCAAAGCGGAAAGGAUAAGAAAACAGGUCUAUAAUUAUGAUUUUCCAUAUCUGAAAUGCAAAACAGCACAGGAAACAUUUGAUGCUUUAAUGAAAUGUUGCCUUGAUUUUGUAGAGACUGCAAUACACCACUUUAACUGUUCAGAAAACUCAUCUAAUUGGAAUAUAAUAAUUUUUUCAAUACUUCAUCAAGCUAAAGGACGGUUUGAUAAUGAUGUUUACAGUGAUUUUGGAAGAAUAUUAGCUACGUCCUCUAAUUUAGAAAGUGCUGAUGUACCUUCUUCAGUGCAGAAAGUGGCAAAUCAAAUUGUGAAAGAUAUAGGAACAGAAAAGUUUGUGGCAAUGAGUUUAGAAGAAGCAGAAAAAUGGUUGAACACAUCAAACACACCGUCCAAUAAACUGUAUCGCCAAUUCCUGCAACGACAUGGACACAGAUGCUUAAAAGAGUUUGACGUUUAUUCGACUCCAUGGGGCCAGGAUCAAAAGAUAUUUGUUAAACUUCUAAAAACCCUGUCCAGCUGCACAAAAGAAGAAACUGAAAAUUCUGAUGACGAUUAUUCAAAAAUAUUUUCAGAGUUACGAGUUCCUUUAAAUGUCUUAAACAGGUUGCUUUUAAGAUUUGCUAUUCCAAACUGUCGCAGGGGUGUACGAGCAAGAGAAUAUAGUAAGUCAUUGUCAAUUAAAAGUAUGGAUAAUUGGCGGAAAGGUUAUAGACAUUUGGCAAAGUUGAUGGUAUCGGAAGGCCGCAUUCCGGAUAAAGACCUCAUAUAUUUUAUGGCGUUGGAUGAAAUAAGAGAUCUAUUGCAAACAAGAUAUCCCAAGAUUAUAACCAGAGCGAACCAAAGAAGGAAAAUCUUUCCUGCAGUGGAUAAAUACAAAUUUCCCGAAAUAAUGCGAGGAUUUCCAAAACCAGUAAAUGAAGUAGAAGAAUCUUCCGAUUCGACUGAAUAUAUUGCAGACUUAACAAUGCAAGGUAUUCCUGUGAGCCAGGGUGUUGUAAAAGGAUAUGCUAGGGUAGCUGUAUCACUAGAUGAGGCUGCUAGUUUGAAGCCGGGUGAAAUCUUAAUAGCCUACAGUACAGAUAUUGGAUGGAGUCCGUAUUUCCCAAUUAUAUCUGGUGUUGUCACCGAGCUUGGUGGACUCAUCUCACAUGGUGCUGUUGUGAGUCGUGAAUAUGGCCUGCCUUGUGUUGUUGGACUUCGAGGAGCCACAAAGCAGUUUAAAACAGGGGAUUAUAUAUUACUUGAUGGGAAAAAAGGUGUUCUUCAGCGACUGCCAAAGCCGCAAGAUUAAAAAAGGGACCAUAAUGAAUAAAAUAUAAAAUUUAUACACCAGCCUAUUUACACUGUAUUCAUAUGUUUGAACUAUGAAUGCAUUA